AUGAUGCCAACAUUUAAAGGUGACAUCAAGGAAUAUAAACCGUUUAAAGAAAGUAUGACGACAGCGCUGGAAAGAAUGGAAUUAUCUACAUUAUCUACAAGAAAAUUACAAACGCGCAUGGGAAAUGUUAGAUCGAAGAUUCAACAGCAGACGGCAAACUUUGACAUGGAACUUAGUUAUUUUUAG